AUGGCGGCUUGUUCAUCUGAAGUACAUCAUUCGCCGCAAAAUAAUAAUGAUUGUGCUCUUAAUAAUUCGGAAAUAAAAAUGAUAAACAACGGUCAUGUGUCUCAGUGUUCAAGUAAUACAAAUAAUACACCAAAUCCAAUCGGUCAAGGACCACGUUGUGUAACUAUUUAUAAAACGGAAACUGGAUUUGGUUUUAAUGUUCGUGGGCAGGUCAGUGAAGGUGGACAGCUUCGUAGUAUUAAUGGAGAACUUUAUGCACCUUUACAACAUGUUAGUGCUGUUCUUCCUCAUGGAGCUGCAGAAAAAGCAGGUGUACGAAAAGGAGAUCGGAUUUUGGAAGUGAAUAAUAUAAAUGUUGAAGGCGCUACUCAUAAACAAGUUGUUGAUUUAAUUAAAUCAGGUGGUGAUGUAUUGACGUUAACAGUAAUUUCAGUGACUCCACAGGAAGCUGAACGUCUAGAACCAUUUGAAGAUUUAAGUUAUGCAGCAGUGGACUACAGUGAAAAACGUUCACUUCCAAUAAGCGUACCAGAUUACCACGUCCGAGAACGAAGGCAUGAACGUUAUAUUGUAUAUAAUGUAUAUAUGGCUGGUCGUCAUCUUUGUUCCCGUCGUUAUCGCGAGUUCGCAGCACUACAUGUGGCCUUGAAGAAGGAAUUUAUAGGUUUUAAUUUCCCAAGGUUACCAGGAAAAUGGCCAUUUCAAAUGUCAGAGCAACAAUUGGACGCUCGAAGAAGAGGUCUUGAACAGUAUUUAGAAAAAGUCUGUGCAGUUCGAGUAAUAGCUGAGUCAGAUGCUAUGCAAGAAUUUUUAACAGAUCAUCUUGAUGAUGAUGGAGAUCAAGGUCCAGCUGUGGAUCUUAAAAUACUCCUUCCCGACCGUGAAGUUGUUACAGUGACAGUUCCAAAAGCUUCUUUAGCUAAAGAUGUUUAUGAUGCGACUUGUAACAAAAUUGGUCUUGAUCCUGACACCGCAAAGUAUUUUUAUUUGUUCGAAAUCGUUGAAUACAAUUUUGAACGUAAACUUCAACCUCAUGAACAUCCUCAUACUCUGUACAUUCAAAACUACUCAACAGCCAGUGCUACAUGUCUGUCUGUCCGACGAUGGCUUUUUAACAUUUCACGUUCAUUAAAUGACGCUGCCUUAACGUGGAUUUUUUGGCAAACUAUUGAUGAAGUUAAUCGUGGCCAUAUUAAUGCUGGUGAACGAUUGUACCAAUUGAAAGCACUUCAAGAUGCUUCGAGAAAACUGGAGUACCUUAAUUUAGCCAAGGAGUUGAGUGGAUAUGGUGAUAUUGUUUUUCCACAUUGUCCUUGUGAUUCCAGAAAGGAAGGUCAUGUGAUUGCUGCAGUUGGCGCUGCUGCAUUUAAAUUACAUGCCGCUAAAGAAGACGGUACUAUAGAGAGUCAAGUGGUAGAAUUUCCUUGGAAAAAUAUCACUAGGUGGGAAGUUGAUGAAGAAGGAAUGGCUUUUUGUUUUCAAUAUACUAGACAAGACGAUCGUCCUCCAAGAUGGUUGAAAGUUUUUACUCCUUAUUACACAUUUUUAUUGGAUUGUUUCGACCGAAUAGCAGAAGAAGCUAAAUGGGAUAAAGAUGAAUGACAGGAGAAGAAGAAUUAAGAGAAAAAUAGACAUCACACGAGAUUGUAAGAUAAAUUUUCAUUGAGCAGUUAAAGUAGAAUAGUAGAGGGUAGGUUUAAUGAAUGCUAAUCAUUUGAAAAAUGAUUUUCAAACCCUUCAUUAAGACAACAAAAGGUGGAAAAAUAAUAUCAAUUCUAAAAUGGAAUUUUUCAAUUGAUCUGAAACUUAUAUCUGUGGUAUUUGGUUUUUUUUUUUGUUUUUGUUCUUCACUGAGGUGCUUUUUCAAUUCAGUGAUCUGAAGCUUAUUUAAAUUAAGUUAUUAAAUUACAUGUAUAUUUAUUUUAUCAACAUUAUCAUUCCUUAAAAAUUCAACGAAUUAUUUAAAAUAAUU